GCGCUUUCAAUGCUGGUAGAAGAUCUCCCCCUUGCAAGAUGAAGGUCCUCAGCUGGGUCCGCCUCGCCCUCGGCCAGUGGCUCUUGCAAAAGGUUGUAUGCGUGGAAGGCCAUAUGACCAAGACCCUGAAUUACCUGGAGAUGGGUCCCUCGAGCGUCCUGAAACCUGGGCCGUAUGGCACCGCCCUGAAACCUCACCCACUCAGCCCUGCUCGGAUAUUCCCCGGCGAACCCUCCAAAGCCAAGAUAGACCCAUACGGUGGUGCCCUGAAUCCAUGGGACUGGAGUAAGAACCAGACGGCCAUGGAGCACUACAACCAGCGAGCCAAGAGGAAGCCCUCGUUGAAAGCGGGACGUACCAAGAAGAUCUUUGGCUGGGGGGACUUCUAUUUCAACAUCAAGACCCUCAAAUUUAGCCUGCUGGUGACAGGCAAGAUCGUGGAUCACAUUAACGGCACCUUCAGCGUCUAUUUCCGGCACAAUUCCUCCAGUUUGGGCAACGUCUCGGUGAGCAUCGUGCCCCCCACCAAGGUGGUGGAGUUCGAUGUCUUGGUUCCUCCUCUCCAAACCCAGCACCUCCACCCCCAGCAGUCAACCUUAGCUGAGCCCAAGGAAUCUAAGACCUUCAACUGCCACGUGGAGUAUGAGAAGACCAACCGGGCACGCAAGAACAAGCCCUGCCUCUACGACCCCUCCAAGAUCUGCUUUACUGAGCAUACGCAGAGCCACGCAGCCUGGCUGUGCGCCAAGCCGUUCAAAGUCAUCUGCAUUUUCAUCUCGUUCUUCAGCAUUGACUACAAGCUGGUGCAGAAGGUCUGUCCAGAUUACAACUUCCAGAACGAGAAUCCCUAUUUUGGCUGACGAGGGGACGGACGUUCGAGGGAUGGGGAUGUGGGA